GUCGGCUCUUAGGUGGAACCAUCGGAGCAGAAGCUCGGGGUUGCUGGGCGGUUCCGAGGUGACGGAAGCGGGAGGGUGCGGGAGAAGUCGCUGUUCGCUCUGCGGAGUGGCUCGCCAGCGAAGACCCCGCCUGCGCCCCCGGGGACGGACGACCGCGGUGCCAGGGUCCCGCGACCUGGGACCCCCUCGCGGCUCCGUGUGGUCUACGAACUGUGAUGGCGGCGGCCGCGGUGAUGGGCCCGGCGCAGAUCCUCUGUGGUUGUUGAAUUGUAACAAGAGAGAGAACUCUGGCUACCUGAGAGGGCAUGACUCUAGUCACAGCAGGAGGGGCUUGGACAGGCCCUGGUUGUUGGCAUGAAGUGAAGGAUGAAGAGUCAUCUUCUGAACAGAGCAUUUCUAUAGCAGUGUCACAUGUUAAUACUUCCAAGGCAGGUUUGCCCGCACAGACGGCUCUCCCUUGUGACAUAUGUGGCCCCAUCUUGAAAGAUAUUUUGCAUCUGGAUGAACACCAGGGUACACACCAUGGACUGAAACUUCACACAUGUGGGGCAUGUGGGAGACAAUUCUGGUUCAGUGCAAACCUUCAUCAGUACCAGAAGUGUUACAGUAUAGAGCAACCCUUAAGAAGGGAUAAAAGUGAGGCCUCAAUUGUGAAGAACUGCACAGUUAGCAAAGAACCUCAUCCGUCAGAGAAGCCCUUUACGUGUAAGGAGGAGCAGAAAAACUUCCAGGCUACUUUGGGUGGCUGCCAACAAAAGGCCAUCCACAGUAAAAGGAAGACACACAGGAGCACUGAGAAUGGGGAUGCAUUUCAUGGUGAACAAAUGCAUUACAAGUGCAGUGAAUGUGGGAAAGCUUUCAGCCGCAAAGACACACUUGUCCAGCACCAGAGAAUUCAUAGUGGAGAGAAGCCUUAUGAGUGCAGCAAAUGUGGGAAAGCCUUCAGCCGCAAAGCUACACUUGUUCAGCAUCAGAGAAUCCAUACUGGAGAAAGGCCUUUUGAAUGCAGCGAAUGUGGAAAAACCUUCAGUCGAAAAGACAACCUUACUCAGCACAAGAGAAUCCACACUGGAGAAAUGCCUUAUAAGUGCAAUGAAUGUGGGAAAUAUUUUAGCCAUCACUCCAAUCUAAUUGUACACCAGAGAGUUCACAAUGGAGCAAGGCCUUAUAAGUGCAGUGAUUGUGGGAAAGUCUUCAGACACAAAUCUACACUUGUUCAGCAUGAGAGUAUUCACACUGGAGAAAAUCCUUAUGAUUGCAGUGAUUGUGGGAAAUCCUUUGGCCACAAAUACACCCUCAUUAAACAUCAGCGAAUUCACACUGAGUCAAAGCCGUUUGAGUGCAUUGAAUGCGGGAAGUUCUUUAGUCGAAGUUCUGACUAUAUUGCACACCAGAGGGUUCACACUGGUGAAAGGCCUUUUGUGUGUAGUAAAUGUGGGAAAGACUUUAUCAGAACCUCCCACCUUGUUCGACACCAAAGAGUUCACACUGGAGAAAGGCCAUAUGAGUGCAGUGAAUGUGGGAAGGCCUACAGCUUAAGCUCCCACCUCAAUCGGCACCAGAAAGUUCACACUGCAGGCAGGCUUUAGGAGUGCUUUGAAUACAACAGGACUCAUCAAUCAGAUGUUGAAUUUCAUGUAUCUGAACAUUGACACAAAGGAGAUACCUUAUGGUGCCAGGUACGUAGGAACCUUCUAGGGAUAUGUUGCACUUUCUGACUUGCUCAGGUUUUUUGCCAGAGUUAUGUCACUGUCAAUCCAUGUGGCCGAAACCAUCUUAACUCUGCCAGCUAAGAAACUCCAGCAUUGGGGAAGGCAGGGUUUUGUAUUCUCCAGUCCGUGGAGAAAAUCAUGAAAUGCCUGAGUUCAUUGGGGGUCCUCAUUCCCUUCUGUAUGACAGGUAUAGGUAUGGAUAUGACCCAUUUUUAGCCAAGAGGGUCUGAGCUGUAUCUGCUGGUGGCUUAUACAAAAAGUUUACUUUCUUCAUGGAUAUUCUUGGUCUCACAUACUUGUAAUCAAGUUUUUCCAGCCUCCAAGUCACCUGGUCUGGGAAAGUACUUGCCUCAUGUUGCUCUGGUUUGUGAUAAUAAAGGUUUUACAGUUUAAGCCA